AUGAACACCAUCGUCUUCGAGAAGCUCAACGGCGCCGUGCUCUUCGAGGACCGCGGCGCCCCGGAGCGGGAGCGGGGCGGGCGGCCCUACGGCGGCGUCCUGGACGGUCCCCACGCCCGCCCGGACGUGGGCAUCCCGGACUGCCCGCCCCUCAAAGACAACCUCAGCCUGAGACACCGGAGGACCGGGGCCCGGCAGAACAGCGGGAAGGUGAGGCACAAGCGACAGGCUCUGCAAGACAUGGCACGGCCCCUCAAGCAGUGGCUUUACAAGCACCGUGACAACCCGUACCCCACCAAGACCGAGAAGAUACUCUUGGCGCUGGGCUCGCAGAUGACCCUAGUGCAGGUGUCAAAUUGGUUUGCUAAUGCAAGACGUCGACUUAAGAAUACUGUCCGACAGCCAGAUUUAAGCUGGGCUUUAAGAAUAAAGUUGUACAACAAGUAUGUUCAAGGAAAUGCUGAGCGGCUUAGUGUAAGCAGCGACGAUUCGUGUUCUGAAGAUGGAGAAAACCCUCCCAGAAACCAUAUAAACGAAGGGGGCUAUAAUAAUGCAGUUCACCAUCCUGUGAUUAAAAAUGAGAGCUCGGUCAUAAAGGCAGGGGUGAGGCCAGAGUCACGGAUCAAUGAGGACUACGUGUCACCCCCAAAAUACAAGAGCAGCUUAUUGAACCGUUAUCUUAACGACUCGUUGAGGCAUGUCAUGGCCACAAACGCUGCCAUGAUGGGAAAAACAAGGCAAAGAAACCAUUCAGGAUCUUUUAGUUCCAAUGAAUUUGAGGAAGAAUUAGUGUCUCCUUCAUCAUCGGAAACCGAAGGCAACUUUGUCUACCGCACGGACACUCUGGAAAAUGGAUCCAAUAACAGUGCAGCUAAUAAGAAGGGGCUGAGCAAGGAUGACACAUACUGGAAGGAGAUCAAUGCUGCUAUGGCCUUAACGAAUCUCGCACAAGGAAAGGACAGACUGCAGGGAACCGCCAGCUGCAUCAUCCAGAAGUCCUCGCAUAUAGCGGAAGUGAAGACAGUCAAGGUGCCCCUGGUCCAGCAGUUCUGA